UUCGGUUUGUUCAAAACUACAGCGUAUGCUGAAUGCUCCAUAAAAGACACGAGCAUUAUCAAUAUAUGUACAUAUAUUGUACACGGAGCGGACUAAAAGCGCCAUAUUAUCACAAACGAUUGCUCGGGCUAUAUUAAAUUAGUGCAGAUGUAGCCAAAACAAAAAAUGAGAUAUAUAUAAGCUGACAGGCGGAGUUUUAUAUAAUUAUGCACAUUCAAGAAAUUGAUAGGCCUUAUUACUUCCAGUAAAUAAGUGUGGAUAUUUAUUAAAGGCAUUCUAUGUACACAUUAGAAUGAAUAAAGUAAGUAGAAUAUGUAUAUUAAGACAUUGCUUUCUUGAAUUCAUUCAAUAAAUUUAACAUUACAAGUCGUCUUAAAUAAAAAUAACUCCAUCGCCAAACAACUAAUCGGAAAGAAUGUCCGUUAUUUCAGUUUUUCAUCCGCUGUGAAUACUUUGAACGUCGCUAUUUUCUUAUUGUGAAUGCGAGAAGUGGAAUAAAUUCUCUGUUAUUGAUUUGCUGUCAGCGCACUGAAUGCUGUUGUAUACCCUUAGGCGUAACUAAUCAACAUCAUCAGCUUUCACAGCAUCGCACAAUACACUUUUCGAAUAAUUUGUUUUUAUAGAAAAACUACUCUAACUAUUAUUAUUAAAUUAAAGUAUAUAUUAAGUGAAUUAGAUAAUUUUUAAAAUAUAAGAAGUUUUUCAUUAAUAACUAGAGAAUAUUGAAAGAAAAAUGUCGCAUUACCAAAGCGUACCUGAAGCAGGAGACGAUUUGGACAACGAAUCCGUGGAAGUGUUGCGUGCACGUUUAAACGACAUGAAACGGUUGAUGAGUGAACGCACUGCCCAAAUACAACAGAAUCCGGCCACUACGGAGCAAAUAUGGAGCACUAAACGACAAGCCGCUACCGGAAUUAUCGAUGGCAAUUUUCUAAGUUUUGCUUUUGGAGGAGCUUUAAUGGUUAUCGUUUCGGUUUCUGUAUACGCAUUUUACAAUUUAUAUCACGCAAUAUUGAAGAAGUUCCCCUCACAUCAUGAAGAACUCUAGAAUAUUGCAUUUAAUUUAGCCCUACGAGAAAAGGGAGUCAAAGUUUCACACACACAUAUGCAUUUCAUAUUGGCGCAUACAACACAUAUGCAUGAUUAUGUUGAGCAAAUGGCAUUAUGACAUAGUGUGUGUUCUCUCCUUUCGAAACUUAAAGCGGAUGUAAACACAUGAAUAAUGCGUUAGAAUAACUGAAUUUAUAUUUGCGAAAAAAGCAUUGUACCACAUCAUUUUACGAAAAUCAUUAAUAGUAUAAUUGAAUUUGAAAUA